UUUUUUUCUCGCAUCAUUGGUUUUACCGAGCAGUUGUCACAUAAAAAAUCUUGCACGAUAUCCCCGAAACCCCCGUGCUUAAUGCAGAUUGCAAACUAACCAUUGCAGCUCCGCUAGUUUGCAAUUCAUUUAUUGCGUUUUGCAAAUUGUAAGAUGAGUUCUAUUCCGGUUGCUAUUUUGGUUGUUGUUGGAUUAGCGACUUUUGUGGUAAGAUUGUCAGUAAAAACAUUAACUCGAGUUAGAUAUCAUAAGCCUAAGCCUAAGCCUAAGCCGAAGCCUUGAUUAGGCCAGAACGGAUACUUCAGUGAGAACCAUAGUUUAAAGUUAGAUUUAAAUCAAAACCUAAGGUUACGUCUGACUUGAGGUUAAGCCUAAGUCUGAACCUGAGCCAAAGCAUGAGCCUAAACCCGAGGCUAAGAUUAAGACUAAGCCUAAGCCUGAUCUUAAGCCCAAGCCUAAACCAAAGUUUCCAUAACAGAUCUCCGACAUGAAAAUGAUGCUAGUAUGGGGAAUACCCAACACCACCAACAACACGCAGGUGAACACUUCUCUAACAUGGGAUGGAUGCUUAACAGCCUGCUUCUACUCACCAGCAUGCGUGAUGGCUUGGCAAAAUGAUUCGACGUGCUAUAACUACGCCUUUUACUAUGUGGAUUAUGUAAGUAGGACCACGUCGGCAAAUGAGUCGGUUGUGGCGUUUAAAGUGAACAGUCCCAAUGGAACAUGUCCGACUGGCGCAAUUCCGCCGACUUUUGAUAAUCAGAAUGCAACGGGUCAUUUAUAUGUGAAUGACUAUCCGCCAUACUUUCCUUACCACAGCGACUACUCUAUUUACGCAACACCUACCGGAUGGAAGAUUUCUUCUAGAAUGAAUCACUCCUGCAUAGACAUGACCGACGUAAUUGUUCGUGCUGACAACUCAAUGGUUUGCCUAAUGACGUUUCGAACCAGUACCGCGGGAUCAUUUUCCUACAAUAGAUCUCUCGAGUUGUGCAAAUCUAAAGGGGUUGAUGCCUUAUUCGGAGCAGUGUAUCCGGAAGACUUUGAACAGCUUGCAGAAAUUGGAGAGCGUGAGCGUAAUGAAACAGCAAAUCGCAACACAUAUGCCAGAAUAGAUGGAAUUCGAACAAAAGCAUGUCAAUCAACUCCGCGUACACCUUAUUGCAUGUCUCCGAAGGGUUUCACAUUCCUUAGCUCCGUUCCCACUUUCGAACAUUACAAUUGGGUGACCAACUCGUCCGCAAUGGCAACCGCCAAUGAUAAUUGUCUUGUGCUGGUUUUUAAUGGGAACAAUGCAGUGAAAGUGGAUGUUAAAUCAUGCGAAGGCAACUUCAAUCCCCUUCCAGCUCAAUUUUUUGUUUGCUCACGUCCAGCAUGGGAAAACUAAAUUAGGGAUUAUGAUUGAUUUUGCUCUAAUCUGAUGUAUAUAUAUACCGUAUUUUCCUCUAUUAGUCUUGCACCCCUACGGGUCAAUCGAAAAUUAGUCUUGCAUGCAAGACUAAUAGAGGAAAUACGGUAUAUAUAUCACCCCAUUUAUUAUUCACUAAAAAACUUUUUUUUCAUUAAAAAAAUUGUCAAUUAAACCGAUUCGGCACUCAUAAUUGCCAAGUUUUCUUUGGGCAAUAAAUGAGAAAAAAAAACUUUUUACAAAAUUGAUCAAAUUUGCUUAAAAUCUUUGUUUAAUUUUAUUGGGUUUGAUCUUUCAUGCUUCUCUUUCCCGCAUCAUUGGUUUUACAAAGCAGUUGUCACAUAAAAA